GCUGGAUGCGCGCAUGCGCGCUGCCCGGCGGUCGGCACAGCAACUCGGCGACGAGCGGCGGUUAUUUUCAAAUAAAAACAAACCGAGGGCGUCCGGUUUAUGACAGGAACCCACUUCUUUGGUUCAAAAAGACAGAGAUGGAAGCGAGUGAGAGGUUUGGCGGCCGGCGCUCGGGCAGGGAGGCGCUGCCUGGAUCCAGGAGCCCGGGGAUGGGAGUAGGCCCGAGGAGGGAGUGAGGGCGGCCGCGUCUCCUCGCCGUCGCCACCGUCCUGAGCGUAAUCCAGCAGUGCCAGAUGUUGCAAUGAAUGGCGACACUGUAGAACAAGGGUCUCCGACACAGCCGCGUAGCUGGAAAGAGUUGUGUGAGCUACACGCUCAUGCUACUGCCAGGGAACUUGCCAGGCACUAUUUGCUGUUUGCAAAUGAAAGCCCAAAUCACGACUUGCAAGGGGCUGAAAACUUUUCUUCGUAUUUUACUGAUCUCUUUCAGCAGUACUUCAGGAAUGAGGUAAAGGAGGGAUUUGUAAUGAACAGGUGUAUUGUGGCGCCCUUCACAGGAGUACAGGAUUACAGGGAAACUGGCAGGAAGAAUCCUGAUGGCUCCUCUGGUCUGGUUGUACCUAAGAUGGAUGCUGCGGUGAACAGUGCUGAGGCAUCAGAAAGGGGUUCCGAUGCGCAUCUUGUGUUUUCAUCGAAAGCCCGAAGCUCUGAAGAUGUUUCUAUUUCUGCGUGCCCCUCGCUUGAGCGACCGAAAGCACUGACGCAGUUUACUAGAACUGUGGGGGGCAGCAUACGUGGCCUGUUCCGGAGAAAAUCCACAGAUUCCACAGUGAUUGAAAGAAGAGGAGCUUCUGCCGUGGCCAACUCUCCUGAAAAGGAGUGGCUGAAACACCUGACUCAUAAGUUCACUCGUUCAAGAACUUCGUCUAAAGAAGAGGUUCACGACAUCCGCAAGGAAGACAUUUUAAAUUAUAUGGUGGUGGAUGAUGUCGGCGUGGACAUUGGAACACGAUGGCAAAAGUGUAGGCUGCUUGUACGAAGGGCAAAGUCUUGCGAAGGUGGUGGAUACAUCUUGGAGUUGUUUGAUCCACCAAAGUGUUCCAAACCGAAGCACAGUACUCCGUGUUCUGCAAUUACAGAGAUAAGGACAUGCACGCAGCUCGAGAUGCCAGAUAACAUAAACACAUUUGUACUGAAGAUUCUGCAGGUCCAGGUUAAAAGUUACUUGGAAGUAAUCUUUGAGGCUCUCAAUGAUCAGCAGUUGAAUCUGUGGACGACAAAUAUCAGAGAAUGCAUAAAUCUAUGGUCAGAGAGACCUGAUGUGGAGUUACUCCCCACACCUCGCCCUGCCAGUGCACAAACGGCCACUGUGGAUGGCACCGCAGAUUUGAUUCACCAGGGAGCUGCACACCACUGCUCCACAGAACAGCCCUACCACAAGACCGACCAACUCUUCUCAUCUUACGCCUGGUUUCAUGGCCCAAUCUCCCGAUUCAAAGCGGCACAGCUGGUGCAGAUUCCAGGAACAGAGGGUCACGGCGUGUUUCUUGUGCGGCAGAGCGAAACGCAGCGGGGAGAAUAUGUCCUCACCUUCAACUAUCGAGGGAGAGCAAAGCAUCUACGACUGCUUGUGACGGAGACAGGGAAGUGCCUGGUCCAGCACUUCCGUUUCCCAUCUGUCACAGAGAUGCUGAACUACUUUGGGACGUACGCCAUCCCUUUGGAGUGUGGUACAGCUUGCGAAGUCAAACUGUCCAGCUAUGUGGUCGCCAUUCCUGCCCAGCAAGGAUCAUUUUCACCAAGCAAUGCAUUGGUGCUGCCAUUUAGUGUCCACCGCUCAAACUCCGAACCCAACCUUGCUCACAUGGAUCCUUCAAACUGCAAUGUAUCAGAAGCUCCUCAAGGUGGGCCAGAGCAGGUGUUUCACACGGUGCCCCUGCAUGAGGAGUCCUUUGGUGGCUUACGGCGCAGUGGUUCAGUGGUCGUGCCCACGAGGCACCAACGAGACUCAGACUAUGAAUUGGAAUCAGCUGCCAGGGGUCGUUCACGGGCCAUUGACAAUCAGUACAUGUUCCUUUGAACAGGUCUGGUAGACACAUUUGAUAAAUCAACACUGAAAAUGGUUUCAGGUUUUCUCUGAAAACAUGAAUGUAUUUUUCUGUUUCAGGGUGGAGCAGAAGGGAAAGGUGAGACACCUUCAGACCAAAUCCAAGUUUACUCUGAAAUGUAUUCUUUCUAUUAGGCCUGUUGAAGGGUCUGUUUACAGCAUUAACUUUUGUAGCUUUGCUCUUAUUUUUUUCUCUUAACAUAUGUUUUAACUAUGGCCUCGAUAGACAUCAAAUGAUUGACUUGUACAUUUUGUACAUAUGUAUUGAAUAAAAAGUUUUAAGUACUUCUUUAUAUAAUGUUAUUUCCAUUAACCAGACUAAAACAUAGUAAAGGUAUGUUUCCUAACAUUGCAAUACAAGCACUUGCAGCAUUUAAAGGCUAAUUUACAGUUAUUUUGUUGCGUUUACAUGUGCUAGUUAAAUGUCUGUAAUUAAGAACGUAUUUGCCUGUGCUUUUGCAAAAGCUUAACUGACAGUUCAGGAUUGUAAACACUAAGGUGAUGUAAUUUCUGGAAUGUUUUUGCAAAUUACAGGUGGAAUUCGGCUUAGUUCCCUAUUAUAGUGGCUACUGCAAUAUUCAGAGCAGUUGGGUACAUAGCUUUGGAUAUACGUAAUUGAACCCAGCAAGUCAGGGAUUAUUUUGAAAGGCACAAAAAAGUAAACUCAAAUCAGGUUCCUUUUAAGGCAUAGCAUAAAGAAGUGGAAAAUGUGCAGAGAAGUUAAAUUCAAAUACUGGAUACCUGAAGCAACAAAUAUUUCUCCUUGUCAUCAAUGGGAGAAGAAAGUUUAGAAAUUACCUUUUCAAAAAACAUUGGGCUUUCUUUUACAUCGCUUAGCAGUUAAGAAUUUGUAAACUUUUGGGAUCUGAUGUACUGACGAGAGGAAGAUUGAAGGGAGGUGGUUGAUGGGGAACAUAAUCAUAAGAUUGAGUUAAUUGAAAGGUAUCAAGGUAUUUAAAAAUGUUUAGAAAAUGCUUUCCUAUUGUUUUAAGCUUCAUGUUAUCCAACUGGAACUCUUCAGAAAAUGCAGAACCAGACAAAAUAAAAAUGUAAUUAUGUCCUGGGCCAGAAGAUGUGUAAAUUCAUAAAGAGUAAUAAAAGGCAGAUUCAUUGUUAAGGGAAGGAAAUGCAACAAUGCCAGCUACAGGUGAUAUCUCCAACACCAAAGUGACAAGACAAUCAAUCACCACCCAACAUUUAUUGGCUUCUUUAGCACAUGAUUCUAAAAGAGCAUUAACUUACUGUGCUUAAGGGAUGCAUAACACACAUAGGACAGUGAGUGCCACUGGGCCUGCCUCUGAGGGCCAGGUUUCCCCCACCAACUCUCUUAACUGGAACAGCAACCUGGUUCAGUAUAAGAUCUGAUAGCUGGCCAUCAACUCUGCUGGGUUUACCAAGGCAUAAGGAAGGCAGCAUACAAAGCGCUGGAAGAGCUCUAGGUCAGUCAGCACCCGAGGAGGGAAUGGACAAAUGAUGGUUCAGGUCAGGACCUCUCCUGCUCAACCCUUUUAAUAUUAAUGAAUUCCUUCAAUCAGGAAUCAACCGGGUGACCCUCACCUAAUGCAAAUACAUCCUCCCUACAAUCUGGAGAGAAAAUAACAAUCUUGUAAAGUUGCAUCAACACUUUCCUCCUCAGUUCCUACAACAUCUGCACUUGUCACUGAUCUAAAUCUUCAGUGUUCCUCUGGUGUGACUGCAAUAGAAUUAUAGUGUUGGUCUGGUUUUAGAAAAAGGAUGUGUACUUUAUGAAUUGAAACAUUUGUAUGAAGCUGACUAAAGCUUCCUGGCCAAGGUGAUUCAAGAUAACAUUUUAUAAAUCAUGCUUAGAAAGUAUUGAGUCUGUCAAAAAUGCUCUUUGUAUAUUUCAGGAUACAACUUGUUUGCCUGCAGUAGGUAAAGACCACUGGCAGAAAAAAACUAAGAUUUCAAAUGCCAUAAGUAACAAUCCAUAAAAUUAGAGAUCCAACAAAUUUUAUGAGAUGGCCAAAAGCAUGCAAGCUGAUGGUGAAUAAAUACAUUUAUAAGUAGAGCUGGUUUUUUUAAAUAUUCGUUUCACAUUGCAUAUGUGAGACAGUAAUUAUUAUAUUCAGUUGAUAAAUUCAAAUAGAUUUCUUCCAUUUGUCAAUAGACCUUUGCUGGUGUGGCUUAAAUACACACAGGAGAUAAAAUAUUGUUUAAAUUCCUUUCAUGGAAAAUAGAACAAACAGUACAACACAGAAGGCCCUCAGCCCACAAUGUCUGUGCUAAGUUUGAUGAUGCUAAGUUUUCUUUUUUAAAUCGCACCUGCACGUGAUCCAUAUCCUCAGCAUCAACAUAUGCCGACCUAAAAGCCUCUUAAACACCACUGUUGUAUCUUCCCCCACCCAUCAAUGCAUUCCAGGCAUCCACUACGCUCUGCAUAUUAAAAAAAUGCCUCUCUUAAAGCUAUGCCCUCUGGACUUUGACUGUCAUGUGGAAAUCUUCCUGGAAGGGGAGCCAGAAUGUGUCAGUAAUUUGACCAAACUUUCAUUAAUUAAUAUCAUUAAAUAACAAGAUGUUCAAAUGGCACAGAUGUACUUCGCCAGCUAACUUCAACAAAUUCUGGAAUUUCAAAACAAAAUUCUGAUCUUAUAAAAACUAGCUUCAAGAAUGGUAAUCAUGAAAAUGGGCAAAAAAAGUACUAGAGGAACUGACUGAUCCAGUCAGUUGUGAUGGGAAUCGGUAGAUGACGUUUCAGCUCAGAACCCUUCCUCAGGGUCUAAAGAAGGGUCCUGACCUGGAAGGAUGCCUGCUUUCCCUCUAAAUGCUGGCUGACCCACUGAGUUACUCCAGCACUUUGUUUUUUUGCUCAAGAUUCCUGUUUCUUAUGUUUCUGUAAUCAAGAAAGUACCUGACUGUUGACCCAAUCAACUUAUUUCAAAUGGCCACGAGAAACGCCAGACUCUCAGUGCAAUGUGAUUGAUUCUCAGCGUUUCAAAAAUGGUUCGUCAGGCUCAAUUCAAGGAUAAAUCAGAAUAGACAUUAAAUGGCAGCAAUUUCCUCAUCUCAUGAAUGAAUGAACAAAACAUUGAUGAGAUUUAAAUCCAUGAUAAAAAUGUGUUCGCACUCAAUAAAGCUUUACUUGCCUUUGUUCCAAAAGUUGGAGAAUCUCAAAACUUUUACAAAUUUAAUGGAUGUUCAGAAAACACUAUUCAGUUACCAAAUUUCCCUUUUGUAUGAACUGUCUCUUCAUUUUCAGAGUACUAGAUGCUCUCAUAUUCACAAUCAGAAAAUAAAUGAACUCCAUUAGUCUCAAUUUUAAUUUCAACAAACUGUGGAUUUGGUUUUCAAAGUAUAGAAAGCAUGAUACACUACAGGUAUCUGUGAUAUUCUUAAAUAUUCAAUGUAAGAAUUGCCUUUAUACAGCAAGCUUUAAAUGAAAUUUGGUCGUCAAAUGGUUAUUUGAAUAAAGAGAAUUGUAAUUGUAUAAUUUUAAGUUGUAAUUUAUCAUUUGAGUGCAAAUGUUACUAGUGUGGAAAAAGUGUAAUACAAAGUUUAAAAAUUAAAAUUUAUCAAUUCAAUACCAAAUUUCCUUUAGUGGCUGCUGCAUACAAUUGAAAAGUGUACUUACUCUUUAUUGAAGCUAUCACAUCAUGAGGAUCACACCAUGAAAAUGCUUGUUCAAGAUUCUUCUAUCCACAUUGUGCUCUUUAGAUUAAAUUUACAUGGAGCAAUCAUAGUACAGAAAUGCUCAUCUCAAAUACCAUGCAGUAUUAAAAAAAUGUUCUAAUUAUUUUUACAUCUGAUAACUGCUGUGCUGUACGUCUGUCAAUUAAUAAAACUGUCCAAAUGUUUCAUUACU